AUGUUGCUGCAGGCUUUGAUAUGGUUCAUCCUAUUCUUCUAUCUCUGCUCAGCCGCAUUUAUUGUUGUGAUCACUCCGGCUCGCAUUGCUCAAUUCACAUACGAUUUCGCUCAAGACAUCCGACAUCUUCCCUAUGGGUACACAAUUCUUAUCGUUAUGAUGAUCGCUGUAUCCUUCCCCCCAUUUAUUGGACAUACUACGCUCCUCAACUUGUUCGGUUUCACGUACGGUUUGCGAGGCUUUUUCCCUGCAGCAUUUGGAUCACUGGCAGGCUCUGCAAUAGUUUUUGUUACUCUUCGGAUCAUGUUCAGCAAGAGGCUGCGUUCAUGGACUUCCACUAAUGAGAAAUGGCAGGCUCUAGAAGCUGUGAUACGAACAAGAGGCAUGCCCUUGAUUAUUCUCAUCCGUGUUUCUUCAUUUCCACCGUGGGCUUGGUCAAACUCAUUAUUCGCUAGCAUAGCGCCGGUCUCAUUGUUCCAGUUCUUCAUGGCGACUUGGUUUACCCUCCCGAAGGCUAUGGUUUACGUGUUCGUCGGAUCUCGUAUUGCUAGACUCUCAGACGGCGAACAGAGAAAUCAUAUGGAUACCCAAACAAAAAUUGUCAACGGCCUUCUAGUUGUCGGCGGUAUCUCGAUAUCUGUUUUAGCCAGCUCGCUGGUCUAUCAUCUCAUGCAGAAGGAGAUCAAGCGUCUACAUGACAGCCCGUCGGAGCGUGACGAACUCGCUGCAGAGGCACUCGAGGCAGCAGAGGAAGCGCCUUUGUUGGGAUCUGACUCUUUGAGGUCUCCGUAG